UUUACUUUUUCUUUUCGGAUUCUAUUCAAAGCAGCUUAUGAUAACAUGCCUUUGAUACAUUACCAUGUUGACUAAUCCCAACCAACCACUUUUCCAUCCUAUUCCUCUCUCUCUCUCUCUCCGACUGUCCUGGUUAGACAUUGGGACACCCAUUCUUCUCUAGUUGGCGUGUCUCUUUAGUUGAGUCUAGCAGAAACCCAUAAGCUAGCUCCCGUCCCGCUCCCUUUCGCUCUCCCUCUCCCUCUCCCUCUCUCCCUCCUGGAUUACAUGCAUGAAGCAAAUAAGAUAUCCCUUUCGUGCCUCAUCUCAUAUAUGCAUUAUAUUGCAUCGCAUGUUCAUAUAGGUUGAUGUAAAUAUGUUAUCUUCCAUUUUAGCAGCCUAUACUGCUGGCCUUAUAUCAGAAAGUAGUGCCGCUGCUUCUGCUUCUUUCUCAUCCUGGGGCAGUCACUUGGAGUCUCAAGGGUAAAUAUAAAUAAAUAUAUAUAUAUAUAUUGCAGCUUUCGGCAUCCUAAGCUCGUAACAGGUACUGCAGGCUUGGAAGCAAGUUAAAGAACUUCAACAAGCAGAUCAUUGGGGUGAAGACAUAUUAUUACAUGCUAAAGGGCUUUGUAGGGUUCUAUACAGGAAAGGUCAUGAAGAUGAUGGGACCCCUUGUUGAAUAAAAGUUGAGGUGAUUGAGCCUAGCUACUUCCCAAAGUUGUGUUAAUCAUACAUUGCAUUUAUAUAGACACCGUCUCUUCAUCAAACGUUGCAGUGUUGCAAGGGGAAAAAUUAAUCAUUCACGACCUUUUGAUUAAAGGAAGAGAAAAAAAAAUGAAGUUUAUGAAAAUUGGGACAAAGCCAGACACCUUCUACACAGAAGAGGCUACCAGGUAUAACAAGUGCGACUGUCCUUAUUUUACACAACUGGCAACAAUCACAAGCUUUAAAUCUAAUAGAGUUGGCGAUUGGCAACGCAGGACUGUGAUUUCAGACAUACCAAGCGAUCUUACAAUAAGGAUUAACAACAUUUGUUAUCUUCUUCAUAAGUUUCCACUUGUUCCAACAUGUGGACUCCUACAACGACUCUGCUCUGAUUCUGAGGAUUCUGACAUUGUAAUCAUAGAUCUUCAUGAUAUCCCCGGAGGUGAAGAUGCUUUCGAACUCUGUGCUAAAUUUUGCUAUGGGAUAACAAUCAAUCUCAGCGCCCAUAACUUUGUACCUGCAUUUUGUGCUGCUAAGUUCCUUAGAAUGACUGAAUCAAUUGAGAAGGGAAAUUUUGUUCUAAAACUGGAAGCUUUCUUCAAUUCAUGCAUUCUUGAAGGUUGGAAGGACUCGAUUGUCACACUACAGACUACAAUAAAGUUACCUGAGUGGUCAGAGAACCUUGGAAUCAUUAGAAGGUGCAUUGAUUCUAUUGUAGAGAAAAUCCUCACACCCCCAGCAAAGGUUUCAUGGUCCUACACUUAUACUAGGCCAGGAUACGUCAAAAAACAACACCAGACUGUCCCAAAAGAUUGGUGGACAGAAGACAUAUCUGAUCUUGACAUAGACCUGUUUCGAUGCAUAAUUACUGCUGUUAGAUCAACCUAUAUGCUGCCACCGCAGCUCGUUGGUGAAGCUUUGCAUGUUUAUGCCUGUCGUUGGCUACCAGACACUACAAAGUCUAGACCCCCACAGAGUUCAGGUUCUCUGACUGAAGAAUCUAUGGAAAAAAGCAGGCGAAUUCUUGAAUUCAUUGUGAGCAUGAUUCCUGCUGAUCGAGGUUCAGUUUCAGUUGGCUUCUUGUUAAGGCUCCUUAGCAUUGCAAAUUAUGUAGGAGCCUCCCCAGUAACGAAGACUGAACUGAUAAGGAGAGCUGGUCUGCAAUUUGAGGAGGCAACGGUAGGUGAUAUGCUACUUCCUUCCCAGUUGUCUUCUGAUCAGCACUACUAUGAUAUUGACUUGGUUUCAGCAGUAUUGGAAAGUUAUUUGGUGCUAUGGAGAAGACAAAACCCUGCAUCUGCAGAAAACAGCCACUUGCUUAGAUCAAUUAGAAAGAUUGGAAAGCUUAUAGAUUCCUAUCUUCAAGUUGUUGCAAGGGAUGUCAACAUGCCAAUAUCCAAACUAGUUUAUGUAGCUGACGCAUUGCCAGAUAGUGCGAGGGGAGACCACGAUGGCCUUUAUAAGGCAAUUAAUAUUUAUCUCAAGGAGCACCCUGAUCUCAGUAAAGCAGAGAAGAAGAGCCUGUGCAGAAUGCUAGACUGCCAGAAACUGUCCCCAGAGAUACGUGCCCAUGCUGUGAAGAACGAGAGGCUACCAUUGAGAACAGUGGUGCAAGUCCUCUUUUUCGAACAAGAGAGUGGUUCCAGGGCAACAGGUCAUAAACCAGAGCUGAUCUCCAAAGCAAGACAGACACAAGCUACGGAAGAAGAGGGUGAUAAGCCGCAACAAGAGGCAAGGAGAAAGAACACGGUUACUGAAAGCAGCGAAAGUGAGCAUCACGAAAAGAUGAAAAGCUUGGAGGGAAAGGGGGUGAGAGGGGACAUUGGGGAAGCAGAAUCCGAGAAGGGCAAAGAAAGGAGAGGUGAAGCGAAUUCUGCAAGCAAAGUGGAUCCCAAGAAGAUAGUACAAAGGAGAAGUAGAUCAGACCAAGGGCAUGAUAAAGGUCGAGAGAGAUAGUCGAAUUACUGCAAUCAAAUUCUGAACUUGAAGACUCCCUCUUCCCUAAUUCUCUGUGCUAUUGUGUUUCGUGUACCCUUUUGCAUAUAUAAUUGCAUUGCAGUAAGUAAUGCACCAUUUGUGGUAGCUAGGCAAAAAGAGUUCCUAUCAGACCAGAAAAAACAAAAGGAAAAAAGCGACUUCUUUUCAGCUGUAAAGACCAAUAAAUAACUUAGUUACAGUACUGUCCUAUUGAAUAGAAGAAAAGAGUUGGUUCGUGAA